CCUGCUCCUGGCUGGUGCCAUGAACGUGGCGGUCUAGGGGAUCGCCCGCGACAGGCAACAAAGCAUCGCUCACCGGUCAAUUGUGCUUCUCGACCUGCAGAACCCCUCUCUGGGCGCAGCAACGACCAAGAGAACCCUUCUCAGCCUCUCAACUCCAUCCCAAUCCCAACCUCGAUCAGCUGCAGUUCCAAUCGCCUUCUCCAUGCGGCCUGUUCGAUCUCGAUCCCAUCCUCCCGGUAUCGCCCAGCCAUAGCAUCACGUUCCUGUGCCACGCCGCUCACCGACCUCGCCAUCACUGCACGCGCUGCACCGCCAAACGCCGCGUCCUCGCCUCGACCCUCGCCUCGUCUUCGCUCCUCCUCUCCUCUCGCUCCCUUUUUUCUCUCUGCCCUCCGGCCCCCC